AGAGAGUGUAAGCCAUACAGCAAGGCAUAGAGCUUUGCUUGAACUUGAAAAAAAUAGUUCUAAGCUGAAAGCGUUUCUCAAGGUCCUAGGUAUUGGGCUUCACCUGUGCCGAAAAGAGACGGGUCCCAAACAUACAUACGAGUCCAGACUGUAUGGGAACGAACGCAGAUCAGAUGGAAAGAGAAGGAGAAGACGACGACGACAUAGUCUGCUUAGAAUCGUUUUUCAUCGAUGACAAUUACCAGCUCACCACUUUCACAUUUGGCUCUCAAGUUCUUCAACUCCUCUGCCUCCAAUCUGCUUCCACUGAUUUUGAUCUUACAGGGCAGUUGGUGUGGCCAGGAGCAAUGCUGUUGAAUGAUUACCUUUCUAAGAAUGCAGAGAUUCUGCAAGGAUGCAGCAUUCUUGAGUUAGGAUCUGGGGUUGGUAUUACUGGGAUACUAUGCAGCAGGUUUUGCAGACAAGUUGUUUUAACAGAUCACAAUGAAGAAGUGCUCAAGAUCUUGAAUAAAAAUAUAGAGCUACAUGCAGCAUCUGAUAACCCUGAAUACUGUGCUGGAUUAGCAGCUGAGAAACUAGAAUGGGGAAAUUCUGAGCAGAUCUCCCAGAUAUUACAAAAGUAUUCAGGUGGUUUUGACUUGAUUCUUGGAGCCGAUAUAUGCUUUCAGCAGUCGAGCAUUACUGCGCUUUUUGACACGGUGGAAAAACUUCUUCGAGUUAGAAAAGAAGGGAAGUGCAAAUUCAUACUAGCCUAUGUGUCCCGUGCUAAGACCAUGGAUUCAUUGGUCAUUAGUGAAGCGACAAAACAUAAGAUGCAGAUAAUUGAAUUAGCUGGGACUCGAUCCUGUGUUGGAAAUCUUGAAGGAGUUAUCUAUGAGGUGAGCCUAUAGAAGAAACCGUCGCAACUCACAUCCACAUUUUACUGUUGAUGAAAAUCACAAGAAAGCUCCUCGUGUUCACUUCUGGUCAACCAGACAUUGCUUGCUUUCAUUUUGUAUUUCUCUUUUGAGAAAGAGCUAUUUUAGUGUAUGCAAUUUGUCGUUUUCUUACAGUAGAGAGUGCUUCAAAAUUUUGCCAUAUAUAUCACUGAACAGUCAGGAUUGAUUGUUUUUGGUUUGUUGAUUCUACAUUUCUACAUGAUUCCAAUCUUGAUGUUCUAAACUCAGUUGCACAGUAGAGUUGAAGUAUGAGUUGUUCAUCCAUUUAG